UUGGCACCGGAGCCUACCUUCGGCCGCUUGUCCUCUUCACCUACCGCGUUCGCGACCUCCUCGACGACUACACGGAGAUCUUUCGCCUUGACGGGCAAGACGGUCAGCCGGAAGGAUGGGCGGAUCAAGCUCUCGAUGGAGGACGCGAACUCCCUGAGGCCCCCGACGGCCCGGACCCAUGGCUGGAAGCCUUGGAGAGGGAAGCGGCCGUGAACGCGAUCCAGGGAAACCACGAAUGGCGCUGUGUCCGCUGCGACUCCGACCAGGCCGCGCAGACUGCCGAAGGACAGUGGACAUGCACGACUUGCCAGAGCAAUGACUUCUAUGCAACGCACCAAGCUUUACGCCGACAGACGGACCGCGGUACUUGGAUGUUCCUGCCUAGGCCUCCUAAUGGACUUCCUGGGCAAGCACUUCACCGCGAGCCGCCUGCCGAGGGACAAGCUGGACCGAUAUCGAGACGCCAGCGGCAGCAGCACCCUCCUCACGGCCCUCCUUCUGACGGGUUCGAGAUGCCAGAAUCAGAGGCCGCCACCUUCGACCCGACCGUGGACCCGGACGAGUUGGAUGGAGCUACUCAGCAGCCUCUUGCUGGGACUGGCGGCCCGACUUGGAGACCUACGGCUCGACCCAGUUCAUGCCCAGCCACUCCGCCAACUACCUCUUCGCAACCUACGAGGGCUAAGGCCAAGAGCUCGGCGCAGCGAGAGCAAGACAAGCCAAAGCUGGACACCAAGGAAGUUAUGACUUCUCAGGCGGCACCGUCUUCGUCGUCCUCCUCGAGCUGGAACCCCAUGAUGGGACCUGCGCGUGGGGUGCGGUGGAGGGGCGGUGCACCGCCCACACCUCCACUUUGGAAGUACGAGCACACCGACCUACGCGCGUACAGCAAGUUCGCCAAGAAGGUGGCGUUGUGGCGUAUCCAGGUGUCCUCCUUUAUGACACCUCGGGAGGCUGCGCUGGUCCUUUACACCAGCCUCACCGGGGAGGCGGAGGCAGAGCUGGAACACGCACCAAUCGAGGUCAUAAACUCCGACAAGGGGAUAGACUUUAUACUGGAAACCCUGCGACAGCCCAUGGAGCAGAAACAGAUAUUCCAGAAGCGUAAAUUCUUGUCGGACUUUGAGGGCAUCCAGAGGCAGCCUGGUGAAGGACUGAAGGCCUUCGGCAAUCGGUAUCGCCGCAUCGAACGCAAUCUCAAAGCUGUGGGGGUGGAAGUGGCCCUGAUGUAUGACAGCGAAGCCCGUGGGAACAGACUCCUGGAAAGGGCCAGACUGUCACACCAGGACCAAAGGCUCAUCCUCGUGGGCGCCCGCUACUCUUUGGCCUUCGAGGACAUUGCCGAAAGCAUGGCGAUGCAGUUCCCGGACUUCAAGGGCGCGCCUCCUGUGAUCGGACGGGACGGACAACCAGUGAACCGCAGCAAGGGGUCCAGCAAAGGGCAUGCGCCCGGAACCGCCAAAGGACAGGAAGCACCGGGCGAUGCUGACCAGGAGUCUGCCGAGGGCCAGCUUGACGACCACGAGCCGGACCACGACGUCAUCGACGACAACGACCCCGGCCACGGCAACGAGGGCGAGGACGACGGCGACCUUGACCAGGAGGACGGCCCAGACCUGGCCGAGGUGGCGGAAGUUUUGAGCGUGACAGCUAAAAAGCUGUCGAGUAUGCGUCUGGGCCGCAAAUUCGCCGGAGGACCUAAGAAGGACGCUGCCACCCUCAAGCGGGAGACGCAUUGCGCCGCGUGCGGGGAGAAGGGGCACUGGCGUGGCGACCCAGAGUGCAAGGUAUCGGGCAAGGGCGCUGUGCCACAGUCCGGUGGAGGAAAGAGCCAGGAGAGUGGCGGAAAGGGAGGCAAGAAGCCACCGCGUCAGACGUACAUGGUGCACCACGCCGAGCACGGCUCCAUCGAGGUGUUGGACAGCGCCUCCUACGGCACCAUGUUCAGCGUCAAUGUGGUCUUUGACGUGCAGCACGCCACCGAUGGCGACGCGGACUUCCCCGGCCUGAUGAUCCUGGACACCGCUUGCCAGCGCACCUGCUGCGGCACGACCUGGGCUUCAUCCCACACCUCUUUUCUACGUGACCGAGACCUGCUCGUGUACAGAGCCUCCUGCACAGAUGCUUUUCAGUUUGGCAGCGGCGACCCGGUGAAAGCCAAGCACCGCUUGUACAUGCCAGCUGGCAUAGGCGAGGCUGAUCUAGUGAUUGGAGCGGGCGUCCUCGAAGCAAAGAUUCCCUUGCUUGCGUCCAACCGGCUGCUCGAUGAGCUUGGCAUGGUGCUUGACCUGCCCCAGUCGUCUGCUACAUUCACCAAGUUAGGAGUGACAGUGCCUGUACUUCGCAAGAACGGACAUCUGACUAUAUCAGUGGUCGAGUUUAGCAAGCAGGUUCCCUCUGACAGCACUAGAUGGAAGCAGCUCCAAGACGCAUGUGACUGGGACAACCCACCUCCGGAGCUCGUGUUUCUGGCCCAAGCUUUGAACCAGACUUCGUCCUCUCCGACCCCGGCGCGCAACGUGUUCAUCCAGAUGGCCCACGCGGUGAACCUCGGCAUCCUGACGCCCGAGAUCUACCUCGACGUGCCGCCCGAGCUGGACGUGAAUUUUGCGCAUCCGCCGGCAACUUGCAGCCAUCCCGACUAUGUCCGGUACGGCAACGCGUACGGCAAGUUCGCUCGCUGCAAGCAGUGCCUGAAGAGAUGGAAGUGGAACGCCCACGAAGGACUGUGGGUCGAGCGCCUGGACAACAAGUUCGGGGCAUCGUUGCUCAAUUCGCAACCGCCCUUGCCGUCCUCAUCCAAUACUGUGCCGGCCCAGGCGGUGCCUUCGCGAGCGGCGGGACCAUCGACCCGUCGUCCUUCCAAGCCUCAGAGCCAAGGCGUCACCGGCAACACCAACGAGGACUUCGACGACUCCGGCGCGCAGGCGCCGAUCAACCCGCUCCAUGCCGAGUGGUUCGGAGAUGUCGGACUCGACGCCAUGGAGCCUGCUGCACAACCCGCCUACGGAGACGGAAUACGACUGGGCAGACGGAGACGACUGAGUGGCAAUUGGGCCCGCUCAGCAGGCGUGCUGGCCCGUGAGCGGGCGAUUUACGACAGCCUCUUGUCGACUUCCGGCAGACCACCGCCCGCCGUGGACAUCAUGGAGCUGUUUGCGGGGGAAGCGGGCAUCACGGCAAAGGCCUUCCGCCAUGGACUCAGCGCCUCGGAACCGGUCGAUAAGGUUUUCGGAUGGCGCCUGGAGGAGCCGAAGACCCAAGACUACGUCAUCAAGAUGGUCAAGCGGUUGCGGCCCCAUGUUCUCCACGUGGCCUACCCUUGCACCUUGUACUCCAUCUUCAAUGAGAACCUUAACUACAGCAAGCGGAUGGACGUUCUCCACCGUCGACGGCAAGACGAUAUGGAGAUGCGACGGCUUAUCCGUAAGCUGCUGGAUCUUCAGCUUGACGGCGGCCGCGCCUUUGUCCUGGAGAAUCCACGGCACUCACGACUAUGGGAGAUGGACGAGUUUCGCGACCUCGGCGACUUCCCCGGCAUUGCCGAGUGCAUCGUUGACUCCGGCGCCUACGGCGGCACGACAGUCGAUGGCGAGCCGAUCGUCAAGCCCUUUAAGUUCCUGACCAACAUUCCUGGAGCCGCCACCGUGAUCAACAAGCGCCUCUCGGAGACCGAGCGGAUGUAUACAAUACCAGUCCAGGGCAAGAACACUACGCCGUCACAGGUGUAUCCUCCGAAGCUGGUUGACUCCCUCCUUGGCCUGUACCACGACUACGUCCGAGGCAAGGACAUUAUGCGCUUUCCUUUGCACCAGGCAUUCGCCACCUUCCAAGCUCCAGUCUCUGACCUGACCGCCUGGGACCCCAUCGUGACGAUGCUCGAGCGCUCCUUUGGGACCAGCUCAACCAGGCCUUUCUACGUGGACGUGGACAGCGACGUGGGCAAGCACAUCGGUCGCAGCGCCUUCCUCCUUUAUGCCGAUGGCUCCCGAAGCGUGGAGGUCGAGGACCUCUCCGAGAUACAGCAGCCCAAGCAAAAGUUUGCCAAGGCGGUGCGGUACGCGGUGUUCGCAUAUGGCGAGCGACGUCCUGAAGUACAACCUGCCAGUGCCGAGGCCAAGCCCGACUCUCCGGUUCCGGACCUUCCGACGGACGUCACCUUUCCUGGGCUUUCAACCGAAGUGCCGGCAGAAGUUCGCCGGACUAUCGCCCGCGUACACAUCAACCUCGGACACCCCACUGCGGAGGAACUGGUCCGACUUGCUUGCCACCAAGGCAACCCCACCGCGCACUUCAUCUCUGCCAUCCGCAAGCUCAAGUGCGCGACCUGCGACCGACUUAAGUCACCACAGGCACCACCACCUUCGGCUACUUCCUCGACGGCGACCCAAUUCGGUGACCGUGUCGAGCUCGACAUCUUCUACGUCCGCAAGCUCGACGGGGAGAACGUGAUGGUGCUGGGCAUGGUGGCCUUCGAACGGGUCUGGCUACGACCUUAUGGACUUCCCACCUUGGUGGCGGCAGACCCGGAUGGAUGCAAUCGAUUGGAAUCACACGGCACCCUGGUGGAACACUGCCCUCCGCAUGCACACUGGAAGAUUGCACACGUGGAGCGCCAGAACGCUUUCCUGCGGACCAUCCUCGGGAAGUUGGUCGACACUUUUUCGGCGACCUCGGCAGCCGAGAUGGACUUGCUCAUUGCCCCGUCGCUCCAUGCCGCGAAUAGCAUGGUGCUGAGCAGGGGCAGGUCCGCCUUUCAGGCGGUUUUUGGAAAAGUUCCGCGCCUGCCCGGUGGGCUCUUCAUGGACAACCAGGCACUGGCCGUCUCCCCGGCAACAGACCCGGCAGCCACGGCAGAACGGGUGCGCUCGGAAGCGGUCAAGGCGAUCGCGGACAUGAACGUGCAGCCCAUGCUGCUUCUGGAGGUGGAGGCGCCGAAAAAGAGGGGAGGCUGGGUGACGGCCAAGUUCCUGUCAUGGGACCCGUCGGCACCAACCAAAUUGGCCUGGGUGAGGUCCGGCACGACCACGGCACUUGUGGCCACCGAACAGCUUCGCUCGGCAGUUGGCUUUGAACAAUGGGUCCCGACUGAGCAGGACGUCACGGCACUUAAGGACGCCAGCAAGGCCCUCUCUGAAAGUUUGUGGACAGACGAGUCCGGACCUCCUCCUGCUGAAGAAGAAAUGCUUGAAGCUCAACCUUUGCAUCGGGUCCUGGGCGACGAAGACUUCCUCAUGGACUACCAGUCGAAUAGUGAGCUUCUGGCAGCCACCUCUUCACAACAAGCCAGACAACAACGACUUGAUGCAGCAGCCUCCUGGGCACCUGGCACGCCCAUACCGAUGCCCGAGCCACCUCAAGCACAACUCUCCGGCACCAUCAACAACACCUAUGUGUAUGCCCGACUUGGAGACGUCGGACAAGGGGCACGUCGGGGAAACUCGGUGCCACGCAAACUCCGGAGAAGCCGGUCACCGAACUUCCGCAACCUCAAGAAGGGCACGUUCCAGCAGUACCUGACCCAGAGCCGCCUGCUGACCUGCUUUCUCCUGAGUUCAGCGCACCUUUCGAGGAACUUCCCGGAUUACCAGAACUUCCUCAACCUCAAGGAGGGCAACUUGCAGCACAGCCCCCAGGACCAACAGCUGACCUUGCUCGAGAUGCGGCACCGGCACCUCUCGAUGAUCUCCCCGACGAUCACCACCUUCCGCCUCGACUUCCUCGAGACCACCCACGACACCGGUGACGAGCUCAGCGGCCGCACCUUCGACAGUCUGGCCGCCACUCUUUACGAAGAAGACGGACUCCUACACCGGCUGCCACUUGGACAAAACCUCGGCGAGUUUUACGGACCCCCGUGUGACCAGUUCUACGAGGCCUACCUGGCAUCCAAGUACAGGAGUGAUGACGUGCUCGGCUCGGACAAGCCCGCCCAAGAGGCGGACAGCUCGGACUCCGAUUGGGAGGACGCGCCCCCAAAGUCGAGCUCACGACAAGGCAUGUCCCGAAUGGAAGCCAAAGCCUUGGAUCGUGAAAUUCCAUGGCGAAAAAUCAUGGACUUGCCGUCCGCCCAGUUCCAGGCGUACAAGGAGGCCGUGGAGAAGGAGCACUCGUCUUGGAUGGAAUGGCGCUCAGUCAGAGCACUCACGCAUCAAGAGGCCAGCGAAGUUCUCAAGGACAAGGUGUUGGCCAAGCGAACAAAGCAAAAGGGCUCGGACCACUCCGGGCCAAAUGCCGGCGAGCACGUCCUUUUCCUGGUCUUGGUCGCCGGAAGCAACCGUGAGUUCGGCAACUCUUCGAAGAAGUGGUUCGGUUGGACCGACGAUGCGGCCACAGCCUUCUUGCAGGGAGAACAGCCCUCGGACGAGAGAACCCUUCCAUUGUAG